AUGCUUAUUUCGCUGACACCCAUUCGCAGCCUUCCCUUCUCCCGGCGAUCUCCACCCCCACACGCGGUGCGAGGCACGUCUGCCGCCGCGUUUUCCCCCGACGCUGAUCCGGGGUGCGCCAAGUCCGUUUUCGCGGCGUUUCUCUGGAAGAACUCCGUCAUAAAAUUAGCUUUUGAGCGCCCCCCGUCGAAGCACGAAACCCUGUCUCCCCAGUCGUGCGUCAUUUACCCCCGCAUGAAGCUGCACGCCUCCUUCCUCGCGCUCGCGGCAUCUGCGGCAGUGGCGCGUGGGCACACCAUAUUUCAGCAAGCAUACGUGAACGGCGUCAGCCAGGGCCACCUCACAGGCAUCCGCGUGCCCGACUAUGACGGACCAAUUACGGACGUCACUUCCAAUGAUAUUAUUUGCAACGGCGGAAUCAACCCGUACCACACACCGCUCCCGUCGACCGUGAUCACGGUACCCGCGGGCGCCCAGUUCACUGCGGAAUGGCACCAUUCGCUGGUCGGCGCGGACCCGAGUGACUCUGCAGACCCCGUCGACCCCUCGCACCAUGGGCCGACGAUCACUUACCUGUAUGUGCUCCGCUUCACCGUCUUCCUGCUUCUGAUGCCACCCAGUGCGCAGAUCCCGAAUGCACUCCAGAGCACCGUCACCGGCCUGAAGUGGUUCAAGAUCCAGGAGGACGGGCUGAUCGCGAGCAACCAGACGUGGGGCGUCGACCGCAUGAUCGCGAACAAGGGCAAGGUGACCUUCACGAUUCCGCCGUGCAUCCCCGCGGGGCAGUAUUUGCUCCGGCACGAGAUGAUCGCCCUGCAUGGCGCGACGGCGUAUCCCGGCGCGCAGUUUUAUGUCAGCGCAAUUGCCUUGCUACACCCAUCCUCCGUCUUACCCUUAUUCCAGAUGGAAUGCGCGCAACUCUCGAUCACGGGCGGUGGCAGCACGCAGCCCGCGACAGUGUCCUUCCCCGGCGCCUACAAGGCUAGCACUCUGAUACUUCACCGCGCACUUGCUUACCCAGAGUUAUUGCGAAUAGGGCACCGACCCCGGCAUCACCACCAACAUUUACUACCCGUUGCUCACGAACUACACCGUCCCCGGCCCGCCGGUGUUCACGUGCUCCGGCAGCGGGGGCGGGGGGACGACGGCGCCGGUGUCGUCCUCGUCGACGGUGAAGCCCGUGAGCUCGUCCACGGUGAAGAGCAGCUCGACGGUGAAGAGCUCGAGCUCGGCGCCGGCGACGACGGGCGGGACGGUCGCGCAACACUGCUCACGGCCCGGGACAACAGCGGAAGCGGGUACACCGGCGCGACAGCCUGCGUGAGCCCGUACAAGUGCACUUUUGUGAAUGACUAUUACAGCCAGUGCUUGUAG